AUGCUCCGCGAACGGCUGGCGGCUUCGCGCAGGAUUUUUAGACAAACCCCUGUUGUUUACUUCUCCCACCCUACACAGGGUGCGAACCAAUACCAUAUGACCUCGGAAGCAAGACGCAACAGGAGUGGUGCCAGCCACACGAGCGCUGGCGAAGUGGGCGGGCCAUUGCAGCGGUUUGCCGGCCUAGUAAAGACGCUGCAGUUUGCAUGGUUUGCGGGGCACGUCGUGGUCCUGCUCACGGCCUCCAUGUAUCUGCUGGGCGUGCGGGGCUCGUCGGACUUCCACCAGGUGGUCUACUCGUUGCUGUACCUCGGCGUACUGGAGUCCUUUGGGAUCAUAGUAUACCAGCAGCACUUCAACCUUGCGGGUAAGCAGGGGCGGGGCCGCAGCCUCCAGGAGUUCGUACAUGACGAGAACUUUCUCUACUGCAUGCUGGCGGCUAUGUGGCUGCUGACGCCGCGCUUUGCUGCGACAGUGCCGCCGUUCGCGAUCUUCAGCUCUUUCCACGCAUUAACCUACCUCAAGGGGGUGUUGCUGCCGGUGGUUUUCCGCGCCGAGGAGAACAACAGCUACAUGCGGCUCAUCUCGGGCUUUUUGCGCGACAACCAUGACAAGUCGCUCAGCUGGUCGUGCAACAGCGAGCUCGCAUGUUUCUUGGUGGUAUUCCUGCGCGCCCUUGCUUGUCGCCGCCGCUCGUGGAUUGUGCUGGCUCUCUACUCGCUUUUCAUCAAGGCGCGCUACGAAAAAUCGGCCAACAUGCGUGCGGUGGUACGGAAGUGGGAGGUGCGUGCGGACGGCGUAGUUUCGCAUCCACGCAUUCCCGCUCAGUUGAAACGGGCCUACGCCAAGUCCAAGAUGCAGAUCAACCGCCUCGGUUCAUUCUCUGUUUUCGCUCCUUUCCAGAAACCGUCGGUGGCCGCUGGAAAGAAGCCUAUGGGCUCUCCCGCCUCGAAGCACGAGUGA